UAACUUCUCGCGCCUCUUGAACAAGCGAGCCUGCUUAUGUCACAGCAGCAGCACCAGUUGGUCCGGCGGAGCUGAGGACGGGGAAUGAUGAUGGCGACCGUCAAACCGAUUCUUUAACAGUUAAGUUGAUUGGUAAAAAGAAAUCUUCCACCGACGAAGCCAGCUCUACAAUGGACGGACAUGUUUUCCCCGACCAAGAGCAGCUCUUGCAAUUUCUGAGGAGGCUAAAGGAGGUUUUCGACGUGUGUGACGAGGAUGCUGACGGUUUCAUCCGGGUGGAGCACUUGGUGGACCUCGGUCUUCAGUUCGGUCAAGGAGACGAGGUGAAGAAGUUGACCAGGUACCUGGAUCCUAACGCUCAUGGGAAAAUCAACUUCAAAGACUUUUGCCACGGAGUAUUCGCCAUCAAAGGUUGUGAGGAGAUACUGAAGAUGGCUGUGGGUCCUCGCAGUGUUACCGCCAACCAGCCGUCUGUUACUGACAAUGGUUACAUUUACCAGAACGGUGAGGCCAAGCUGGGCCCUCCCAUUAUCAUGUGUACGCGGUCCUACCCAGAAUGCAGUGUGUAUGGUGAGAGUUGUGGUGCUGACGGGGAGUGUGACAUGGACAGCAGCAUUGAAAAUGGCAACAGCUCUGACUCAACACGACAAGACAGCCACCUGAUUGGCUCUGCGUCUGCGUCUGUCAUCUCUGGGGAGGAGCAGUUUGAGGACUACGGUGAGGGGGAGGAUGUGGAUUUUACUCCAAGCAGUCCUUGCCCUGAAGAUGACACCCGAACAAAUGGCUUCUCAGACCUGGGAUCUUCCCUUCCCUCCAGUGCUGGGCAGACUCCUCAGAAGAUGCGGCAGCUGUAUAACAGUGAGCUGCUGGACAUCUACUGUACUCAAUGCUGCAAGAAAGUGAAUCUACUCAAUGACCUGGAGGCUCGACUUCGAAACCUCAAGGCCAACAGCCCUAAUAGAAAGAUUUCCAGCACAGCAUUUGGACGCCAGCUGUUCCAGGCCAACCACAGCGUGUUUGGGUCCAGUCAGGGCAGCAGCACAGAGGAUUUGUUCACAGACAGCAUCGACUCCUGCGACCUCGACAUCACAGAGAAAGUCAGUUAUCUGGAGAAGAAGGUAACAGAGUUGGAAAGCGACAGUCUGGCCAACGGUGACCUCAAGUCUAAACUCAAACAGGAGAAUACACAACUUGUACACAGGGUGCAUGAGCUGGAGGAGCAGGUGAAGGAUGCAGAGGCGAGGGCAGAUCAGAGUCUGGAGGAGGAGACGAAGAGGCACCGGGAGGCUUACAGCAAGAUGGAGAGGGACAGAAACAUAGAGAUAGACCUGCUCUGUAACCGGGUACAGCAGUUAGAAGAAGAGAAUGGAGAGAUGAAGUUAAAUGUGUGCAGACUCAAGUCUCAGACUGAGAAACUGGACCAGGAGAAGCAGAGGAUGACAGAUAAGCUGGAGGACACUAGCCUGAGACUGAAAGAUGAGAUGGACCUCUACAGGAAGAUAAUGGACAAGCUCUGGCAUAACCGCCAUGAAUUUCAGAAGGAAAAAGAGGCCAUGCAGGAGUUGAUUGAUGAUCUCCGCCGGGAGCUGGAGUAUCUGCAGUAUUUUAAGCUGGAGAUGGAGCAUCCAGGAAAGGGCAAGGGGCUGUCAGAGUACAAUGCCAGGACCAGAGAGAUCGAAAUGGAACAUGAAGUCAAGAGACUGAAACAGGAGAACCAUAAGCUGCGGGAUCAGAAUGACGACCUGAACGCUCAGAUUCUCAGUCUGAGUUUGUACGAGGCUAAGAACCUGUUUGCCUGUCAAACCAAGGCCCAGUGCCUGGCAGCUGAGAUUGACAAUGCAUCCAGAGAUGAGCUGGUUGAUGCUUUGAAGGAGCAGGAGGAGAUCAACCUGCGUCUGAGGCAGUACAUGGACAAAAUCAUUCUGGCUAUUCUCGACCAUAACCCCUCCAUCCUGGAGAUCAAGAGUUAAACACCACACAUGCACACCUUUGUAUUACUGUAGUUGUGGGGAUCUUCCAUUACCUGACUAUUAGCUUGUACCAUAAAGUUAUAAUCCUGUUGCUGAAAAAAUGCCAACCAUAAAGAGCAUCAAAAAUGAUUUGAUUUUGUGAAUAUUUUAAGAAUUAUAACUUUAAACUGGAGCCCAAAUUAGGAAUGUUCUAAAUGUUCUCACUACUUAUGACUCAAACUGUUGCUCACAAAUGUAGAUACUCGGGUGCGCGCACACACACACACACACACACACGUAUAUCUACACCACCACAUCAGAAAAUCUUCAUAUCCACUAGAACCAAACACUUAUUUAUGAGGCAAUCUGUCAAUCACUGUAGAACUAUUGUGCCAUGUUUAAUCUAUCCACCAAUUUUUUAUAAUUUGUAUAUUUGAAACUACUGGAAAAUAUUUGGGAAUAUACAAAGUAUUUUGAUGUUCUUGUAGACAGUACUAAUUGUUCAAUACAGUGCUCUACAAUUACUGAUUAUAACUGGACAGUCACUCACUGAGAGUCCAGAUGGAAACAGAGGCUAGAUUUAAGGAGUGGAGGACAUAAAACAGUUGACCAUACCAGUGUUUUGCAUGUUUUCUACAGUCCAUUUGCCAAAGCAGUCCAUAAUGUUUAGAAUUUUGAAUGUUUUUACCAUCUUCCAGGCAACCAUUAUUUUCCUUCAUUUCAUGGUUGUAUGAAAAUUAAUUUGUAGAGACUUGAAAUUCUCUGUGCAAACAUCAUGUUUGUAUCAUUGUCAAAAUCAGAAUAUCGUGUGGCAAUGCUGAGCAGAUUUUUCAAACCAAUCUGCUCAUACUUUCAUACUGUAUGGAAAUGAAUAGAAACCAGUGGAAGCAUCAUAGAAGGAACACUUAAAGGAAUAGUUAAACAUUUGGGGAAUUAUGUUAUUUGCUUUCUUUCCAAGAGUGAGAUGAGAAGAUUGACCUCAGUCUCAUGUUUGUGUGUUAAGUACGGAGCUGGAGUCAGGACAUGGUUAGCUUAGCAUACUGAAAGUAGAGGAAAAACAGCUAACCUGGCUCUGCCAAAAGUGUCAAAAACACACCUCUAAAUUAAAAUGUUGUAUCUAGUUUGUUUAAUCUGUACACAAAAAGAAAUGUAAAACGACAAGUUGUAGUUUUAGAGGGAGUCCUGUUUUGGAAUUAUUUCUUGACAAAUAACAGUUUAUCCCUCCGCCCAGUGCUUCUGAUCAUUCUGGCUAUGGUGCAGAAGAUGUUGAACUAUAUCUUCAAAAAAUCUGAAACAAAAGAUCUGUAAAAUGAUCAAAAGUAAUGUAAAGUAUUUGUGUAUAUGUAGUGAACGGCUACAACAUGCAUUAACACUGAUAUGGGCCUUAUGGGUGACACACUCAAGUUUUCUGUUUUUAGCUUCUAACCCUUUAAUUUAGCUGUCCCAACACAACCGAAUGUCUAAAUAAUUAAUAUAUGCUGUACUCUACGUCAAAUCAAUUUUUUGUAAUAGUUACAAUGUUAAUGUCAGUAAUUGUCAUUGAGCCUUUGAGGUACAAUUCAGUGCUGUGUUAAACCAUUAUGGGUUUCUGAAGAUUACUCAUGAGAAGGGUAUUUAAAGGUGCCAAGAACCAAUAUUAUGUGCCAAAUCUUAACAUUUCACUAUUUUCAUGCACAGAAAAAAAUGGCUGAAGGGCGUCAUACAUAUAAUACAGAGUUGGAUGGCUCACUUACAUCUCUUACAAAUGCAACAAAUGUGUGACUAUGAAAUGUCAACAACGGGAGCUGAAGAGCUGGAAACGUUGAAGACCGCAAAAGUAGAGCUGUGGCCAGUUCUCCCCUGACAGUUUUGUUUACCCUCACCAUGUCAGCCGAGUUUCUGCAGUUUCUCGGCUCUAUAGGAAAUUCCUUAUUUCAUUGUGAUUUGGUCAUUUACAAAUCUGGCUGAAGGUACUCUGUAGAGAUUUUGACCGCUACAGUAGUAGUGCAGUGGAGCAAUGUUUUUGUUUGUAUUGUACAUGCACACAAGCAUGUGGCCACCGCGAUGUAUGUGCUGCCGUUGGUUUGACACAUUACACUGAUGGACAGUUGGGAACAAAGGUAGUGAAGAAGACUGCAAGUUGGAGAACAUGGAUGUAAACAAUACAGGACUUGAAAUAUUAACAAAAUUGGCUUUGUAAAUGUUUUAUGGGGACAAAAAUGCACUCACCAAGUUUGUUAGACCUGAAGGAUACGUCAUUGUGUUUUGAUGAGUAACACUAAAACAGAACUUCUUUUGCAAGAAAUCUCCACAGGCCACCUUUUAACUACAGUUGUUCCUUCACUGUUGAUGUAGUAAGUAGGAUUAUUUCCAAAUAGGUUUUAGAAAAUAGAAAUACUGUAUUAAACUGUGUAGUGUUCUUUUGGGGAAAAAAACACAAUAAGCAACCUACUGAUUUAAGAUUUCUACGCUGCCUUCGGUGUCUGUGAACUAGAGGAACCACUUAAUUCUACCUAGGUUAGUUAGAAUUAGUCUCACUUCAAAUAAUUAAACCUUAAUAUUUAUUUGAAAUAUUUUUUCACACAUGCUUACACCCACAGUGUGACCUAGAUAAUCUAGCCAAACACACCAAAAAGGUAUUCCACAGGUGUCACAGGGAGGAGAGCGCAUUGAGCUGCUAUAGUGAGCACUAUAUAAAGUUACAAAUGAAAGUUUUGCUCCAUUGCACAAAUUCACCUAGUGAUUUUAUUUAAAGUUCAUUUGCUUGUUCUUUGUGCAUUUGCAUACAAGGUAUAUAAAAAAAAAAAUUAUUUAAGCAGACAAGCUAUGAUUUUGUCCAUUGCCAUUGUAAGUGACGUUUUAUAUUGACAUUUUUACUUUAUGACACAGUAUUUGUGAUUUCAUACAUUGUAAAUGUUGUACAGAAUCUAGUUACUAUUUAUGUGCAAGUCAUUCCGCUUAUUAAAAAGUCUGAGUUUUGACACAAAAUAAGAAAAUAUGUGUUGUAGAUUGUAAUAUGAACUCAAUAAUAUAUAGCACACUUAAGUGUCAUAGCCAAAGUAUUUACCUGGAAUAAUGAUAUUAAACAUGAAGAAAAAACAUUAUAGUCUGGCACAACUCACACAUGUUCUCUUUGAUUUCUUUAACUUGUGUAUCUCACAUGGAAUUAUGGGUGACUAUGUUAUACAAACUAGAUGUGUAAAUAAAAUCCAUUCCUUUGGCGUGACAAAAUCA